AUGGUAAUAAGAUGCUGAAUCUUAGUCUGAUGGAUAAAUUUCUUUAUUUUUAGGAUUUUUAGCCGUGGUGGAUGUUAGAAUGGAGCAACAGAAAGUACCAACAUCUAGGCUGUUCGUAACAUCUAUAAUUGAGAGUAAAAGAGAUGAUAUUGAAGAGAAGUUUGAACAAAGUUACCACACCCUGCAGGGCCUCAUAUCAGGGUUGUCUGAGAAGGAAGCUCAUGAUGCCCUUAACAAUGCAGUCAGUAGAGAUAAGGCACAUGAGGAGGCCGUUUCAUUGGGACUGCUGUGUGUUAUACUGUCCGAACCUCACAACGCGGCCAAGAGUUUCCGGGACCUAGCCUUGGUGACCAGAGAUGGUCUGUCAAUGGUACUGAUCCACCUGUCACAGCUGGUAGUGGACAAGUGGCUCAAGAUGUUGGAUAUUUCACGAUCACAGCUACUCUGGCUGUUGAGGGAGCUGAUCCGGACGGGAGUCGCAGGUGUUGACAAUGUCUGCUACAACCUGAUGAGGCAUGCGGCUGGAGGCGACACUUCUCAUCGCAAUAUUGCGCUGGUCGACUACAUGUUGGAUACGUUCAUCGAGAACAGGCUGUGGCUAGAGAAACAUCCGAUCCUGUUAUCGUCAGUGGUCUACAACUAUCUAAGGCUAGUAGAGGAUCACGCUGGACCUCAACAUGCAGUGUUGAGACAGAAGGAGACAACAUUUCUGGUGUCCUUGCUGAGAGAGAGGUUCGUAGACUGCAUGGUGAUUGGCCGAGACUUGGUCCGGCUGCUGCAGAACGUCGCUAGGAUACCAGAGUUUGAACUGCUGUGGAGAGAUAUGCUCAACAACCCCAAGACUCUGUGUUCCUCGUUUACUGGUGUCCAACAACUGUUGCAGAGCCGCACCUCUCGUAGGUUCCUUCAGGGACGACUCACACCUGAAAUGGAGCGAAAGAUUGUCUUUCUCACCUCACAUGUACGCUUCGGCAACCACAAACGCUACCAGGACUGGUUCCAGAAAAUGUACCUCGCCACACCAGAGUCCCAAACACUGAGGAUAGACCUGAUCAGGUUCAUAGUAGGAGUGAUUCAUCCGACCAAUGAGCUGCUGUGCUCAGACAUCAUACCUCGCUGGGCCAUCAUUGGUUGGCUACUCACCACCUGUACGUCCCACGUAGCCGCUGCUAACGCCAAGCUGGCUUUGUUCUACGAUUGGCUGUUCUUUGACAGUGAGCGAGACAACAUCAUGAACAUAGAGCCAGGCAUACUCGUCAUGCAUCAUUCCAUGAGAUCUCACCCUGUAGUUACCGCCACCCUGCUGGAUUUUCUGUGUAGGAUAAUUCCAAACUUCUACCCUCCUCUUAGUGACAAGGUACGCCAGGGUAUCUACACAUCUCUCAGGCACAUCAUAGAGAAGAGAGUGCUGCCCUCAUUGUACGCACUGUUUGACCACAGCAGGCUGGACAAGGACCUGAGGGUAAUGGUGCGGGAAACAUUCCAGGAGUUCUGCUAUCCUCCGCCUAGUCAAGAAGGUGUAAAGUCAGAAGAACCGAGAGACGAUUUGGCCAAUCAUAUGGACGGCUUGUCUAACAACCAUGGAGCCGAUCAUUCAGAGCCUUCCUUCAGUGAUGAUGAGGCUGAAACACACACCAAGCAUGAAGAGGAUGAUGAUGACAUACCUCUUGCCAAGGUCAAGUUAAAAGACAGCCCGUUGUCUGAAUGGCUAGAGGAUGAAGAGUUAGGCAAGGGACUGGAAGGACCAUUGCGAGAUGCUGUGGAAAGGCUACAUAGUGAGACUGACAAUGAGGCUAAGUGUGAAGCGAUGGAGAGAGUGGUACAGACAGUGAUACAAGACGACGAGGUGGACAGUGACACAUUGGCUAGUCUAGGACAAUGUUUGUGUGGUGUGCUGCGACAUACGUGGACUAGCAAAGUGUUCCCAGACACAGUGACAGAAGACAGUAUAGAAGACAGCAUCGGCCGGCCGUUGUUUGUCUUGUUUAGAAAUCUAGCAGAGCUGAGUGAAGACGACUCGCGAAGGUUACCAUUGUUGACAGUGUUGAGUGAGAUGUACAAUCAUCAACCACGGAUAGGUUACCUACUGUUAUACUACCUUCAGGCCAGCACACACCUGCAGGAGGAGAGUGGCAAGAUCAACAGCAAUGGCAAGUCACAAGUGUACAAAGAACUGUGUGAGACCCAAGACAAAGAGCUGGAAGCUGGACUUCUAGCAGAUCUAAAGUUAUGUCAAGAGGAAGAUGUGAGACUACUAUGUUGGCUGGUUCCUGCUGUUUACACACAAUUCCCUCAGGUAGCCGUUGGCAACACUCAUCUACUACAUCUAGUGGUGUCCACUGUGGAUGCCUCCCAACUACAAGAUCUUGUCUGCCGAGUAGUCCAAGGGAGGCUGGUGAUGUUCAGAGGAGACUCGUUCCAAGCAGUGUUGUCUGCCUCACUGUCGUGGGAGACUUUUGAACAGUUGUGUUUGUGGCAGUUAGUGACAGCUCAUGGUAUCCCCAUAGACUAUGUGUUGCCCAUCCUGCCUCGGCUAGAGUACAGCUCUCACGCUGAGGCUCUCACGGCCAUACUGCUCAUGCUCAAACAGGAGAGGCCAACGUCGGAGCUGGUGAAGCAAGUGUUGUGUCGGGAAGUGCGACCUCAGACAGACAUGUUUGUGGUGUCAGUGUUGCGUGGUUGGUGUAGAGACCAUGAGGAGAGAUUGGCAGAACUAGUGGCUGGACUACUUACAACCAGCUGUCCUCAAACAUCCCCCAACAAACGUAAGAGAGGCAAGACUAGUGGGAACCCUUCACUGGACAAACUACUGGGACACCUAGACAGACUGAGGACUGGCUGUAGACAGCUGUACAAGCUGGAGUGUAUGCAGCGGGCUCUGCAUCUGGCUCAGUCAACGUGUUCAGAUGCGCAGAAGAAUCACUUUAGUAACCUGUUUGCCCUGGUGGAGUUGGACGAAACGGGGAAGAGCAAAGGCAGAGGUCGCAAACCAAACUUUAACAAAGGCAAAUCAAAGAUUUACAAGUCUGAUAGCUCUGAGGAAUCUAGCGAGGAAGAAGUUAUAAAAACAAAACCAGCUAAAAAGCGGAAAAAAACAAAUCUAGUGAACUCGGAUUCAGAUUGAUACAUUUUACUGCUUAUCAUUAAUAUAUUCCAAUCAUAACCAAAUAGUUGUACAUAGAAAUUUCUCUCCCAUAUUGGGAUGUCCCAUCAUCGUAUUUAUUUUGAAUUACUUGUAACUGUUAUGUAUAAUAUGUAUUGGUAUGGUUUGUGUAAAUAUGAACAUAUGUUUUGUAAUUUUCUGAUUGUUAUGAUUUUAUGCGGCAUAUACAUGUACAGUAUACAUAAACGUCUUAGCCAUAAAAUGAGCGAUUUUGUAAA